UCCUUGUGUUGCAUGUUUUCUUUCACUCUUAUCACUCUCUGGUUAGUAGUAGUAGCCUAAACUCUAUCCCUUUCAGAGUUCUUACUUUCCUUCCACCAUAUCUUUUCUGAAAAGUAAGAUUCUCUUGAAUCCUCCAAUUUCCAUCAAACUUCUUCUUUUCUACUCUAUUUUCAAAAACCAGGAUAUUCAACAAAAUCUUCUAAAACUGAAGAAAGAAGAUAAUGGAACUCAAACUCACUCAUCACUUUCUUUUCAUUUUCUUGAUUCUCUUUUCUCUUUUCGUAGCUUCAUCAUUAUCACAAACUGAAAUACCUUCGUCUUUGACAUCAUCAGAUGGUGAUGAUGAUAAUGAUGGACAUGAACAGCCAUUGAAACCAGGAAACUACUCAGCAUCGAUGCCAACAAAUACAGUACCAGCAUUUCCAGUACAAACACAAACAAAGACAUGUCAUCUAGAUCUUUCUGCUGAACUUUUUGGUGGUGUUAAUGAAGCUUGUGGUCAUAACUUGGAUAGAAGUCGUUGUUGUCCUGUUUUAGCUGCUUGGUUAUUUGCUGCUCAUGCUAGAUCAGCUUUACAGAUUAUUACUAAUACUAAUUCAUCAUCAAGAUCACCAUUUUCAUCAUCAGAUCUUGAUCCAAUGAUGCCUGAUGAUUCAACUAAAUGUGUUAAUUCACUCCAAACUUCACUUGAAAAUCGUAAUAUUCAUAUUCCACAACCUAAUUCUACUUGCGAUGCUAUUCUCUGUUUUUGUGGUAUUCGUCUUCAUCAAAUUACUUCACUAUCUUGUCCUGCUGCAUUCAAUCUUUCUUCGACCACAACAACGAAUUCAUCAGCUUCUCAUCAUAAUGCUACUGGUACUACUUCUGCUAUUCCUACUUCUGCUGUUAAGAAUUUAGAACAUAAUUGUCUAAAUUCUUCUUAUGCUGGUUGUACUAGAUGUCUCGGUGCUCUUCAAAAGUUGACAGGAGAGAAGAACGCAACAAAAAUAGGGACAGAAAGGGCAAAUAAAAUGUUCAGCAGAGAUUGUAAGCUAAUGGGAUUGACAUGGUUGCUUGCAAGAAACAAAACAGCGUAUAUACCAACAGUGUCAGCUGUAUUACGCGCCAUCAUGUAUAGUGCGCACCCACAUGAAUCUAAAUGCAGUCCUGAUCAAGAAAACAUGCCCUUAGCCGUCGAUUCUCUCCACUUUGACAAACAUACAUCUUCGUCGCUCUCUCCACCAGUGAUUUCUGUUCCUCUCACUAGAAUGUUAUUUACCUUUUUUACCCUUUGUAGUUUUUAUCUUUUACUGACUUAGAAUCGACGGUUUUCCUAUUUUGACCUAUUCUGUCACUUGUCGGGUCACGUGAUGGUAAAUGACAAACCUAGAGUCCUUUUUCGUCUUUUUGUUACAUACCCACCACUGUAAAUUUUCAGGGUUUCUGUUUGUUUGUCACUUUUUUGGUAUGGUUACUGAACUUGUUCUGAUGUUAGAAAAAGGUACUAUAAAAAUUUCUCACUUUUCCUUUCA